UUGAAGUGAUGAACUCUGACUACCAUGGGGGAAUUGGACUACCAAUCUACAAUGAAGUGAAUGGGAAGAUGGAGAUGGAUGUUGAGGGAGUUUCUCCGCGCCCGGAGCCCAUCCCCCGCUCCCAGGGGGCUGGCGGAGCCUGCCAGGCGCCGCCACAGCCGCCCCAGCCCCAGCCGCAGCAGCAGCAGCAGCUGGCUCAGGAUGAACUGCCCGGCGAGAGUGCAGGCGCUGAGGACAGCGACGAUCCCGAGACGAGACCCAACGGCGAGAAAGGAGAGAGCAAGUAUUUCAGUGACAGGAUCCACUCAGGAGAGUUGGGGAGAGGCUGGCUGAGGUUCUCAAGGAGCUGAGUUUUGAGUUCAGGUGCCCGCAUGGGAAUGGACUGAUGCCUCCUGACCUUUCAGACCUUUGAGACCUCUGGGAGGUCUUAGAAAUCACCUCAAGCCUCGAGUCCAGGAUACGGCUGCCUAGGGGAAUCCCAGGGAAAGGUGGCAGAAAUAACAUGGACUGCAAGAUGGUGGAUACUACAGUGAGCUCACAACAAGAUCUCCAAGAUCCCAAACCACUGGCUAUUCCAAGGCAUCACACCACCCUUCUGGACAGGCAGCAAGAAGCAAGCUGGGAGGAGGCCCACUUCUUGACCCAAGAAAGGCUGGACCACCUUCUCAGGUGUCCUGGGGAGCUACUGAAAGACAUUGAGGAAGGUGCUGCUGGGCCCCAGGACAGCAGUACAGUGGUGGGGGCCCAGAAGCACCUUGAGUGGCAUCACACCCAGCGUGCCUCCAGACUGAAGUCGUCUGAGUGACGGUUCUGAACUGGACUGUUCAUCCAUUGUCAUUGCUUGCGUAACACAGUUCUGGAUGACUUUGACUGGUUGGCUUUUUAUUGCUGCUGCCUUUUUUUUUUUUUUUUUUUUUCUUUUUCUUUUCUUGACCCUGGGAGUUGUAAAAAGUAAUUGCUUUAAAAGGUAUAAUUCUGUGCUGAAAUUAGCCUUGUUUAUGAACCAAUUCUGUUCCUAGGGAGUUUCUGACUUGCAGUUCCAGGUUAACUAGUAAACGGGGCUGUGUAGUUGGAUUUGUAUAGCACUGAUCCUUAGAUUAAAAAUAUAUUUUCUUUCUGUUUUUUUAAAGUUUGUAUUCGGGUAAUGACCCGAGUCACAUUUGCUUAGCUAUUGAAGAGAUUUCAAUGUGGUAUCACUUGGAGUUGAAAUAUAAUCAAACAUACAUUAUACCUGGGGCUCUUGCACACUAUUUGAUAGAAAUGUUACACUACAAAGGAAACUACAGCUCACAGGUUGAAAUUUAAUUCCUCUCUGAUCCUGCAGCUAAAAUGGCAAAGAAAUUAUAAAUAUCAAAAGUAACUUCAAAUAUCCUGAAUAUAAGCUAGUCAAUUUUGGGUGGUUUUGAAAUGCCAUUUCCUAAGACAACACAGGAAUUGGAGAUUGACCUCUUCACCAGUGUUGCCGGGGUAUUUGUGGAUCUACUCAUUUUGGAGGCGUUAAAGAACAAUGCAUGCUUCUGUGGAUGGGUUGAUGGAAAUUGUGGUAUUUCUAACUUUGUCCUGUAACUGU